AGGGAGAGUUUUAGCUAGCAGCUGUGUGUGUCAUAGUUUUAACCAAUAAAACCUGGUAGUGGCCACUCCAAGGUCUGUUUGAUUCCAUUGUUGGACUGCUCCUUCAACUUUAAUGUCUGACAACUGGGACUUUGACUACGCCAGCAGCACAGCAGACUCUUUCUUAGUUCUGUUCUUAUCCUCAGGAGGGGAUGUUGGUGUGGAUCCUGUUUCUGCUCUGCCAGGUGGGGGCACCUGCUCUGGCACAAGACCUCUGCCAGCGCGAUACUCCAAACGGCUACAAAGUGCGCAUCAGCCUCAAAACUGCGUUGGGAGAGGAUGCUUAUGAAUGGAAUCAGAGUGAAAUGUUCUUUUUCCAAGCUACUAUGGCCUUUGCCAUGAGGAGGCACUUCCAAAUGGAAACGUACAAUGUCGACAACAUUAUCCUGUGUGUUCAGACUUCGAGGGUGUCCUUCUGGUUUGUGGUGACAUCACCAGACAACACCACCAUGCUUAUUCCUAAGGCAGAUGUGGAGAAAGCUGUGAGGAUGUCAAGGCAUCGCAUCAACAAUGCCUUCCUCCUGUCAGAUAGGACCCUGGAGUUUCUGGGCAUCUACCCUACACUAGCAGUGCCAGUCAACCCUGACACCCCUCCCUGGCUCAUCGUGUUUGGAGUGGUCAUAGGUGCUGUGUGUGCUGGAAUCAUUGCCCUGCUCAUAUCCUCUCUGCUUCAAAAGAGACGGAAAGAGAAAGGGAUGACAGAGGAUGGGCAGGAUGAAGAGGACAUGCAGGUGAAAGGAGUGGAGAAUGGCAUUAACCUGGAUGGCACUUACAAUAGAGGAUUCAUAGAUGAUGAUCGCUUUACAAAGCUGUAAAGGCUUUUCCGGUACAAUGCUGCCAAGUAAGCACUCCAAAGACACUUUUAUGCACUGUGUCUACAGUAAAACAGACUAGCCACUAGGAAAAUAAAUAAGUGAAAAGAACAGUAAGACGGGUAGCCUUCAACCAAUGCGAAUUCAAUGUGAAAUCAACAAAACAUGUCACCAUGACAUUGGAUUUAGGUUAAAAGUUGUGGAAAAAAAUUACAAAAUUCCCUUAUGUUCAUGACUUUUUAAAAAUCAAAUCAGUUUUCCACAUUGAUUUAACUUCAUCACAUUGCAUUUUUGUGGAAUCAAGCAGUUUUUGCCCAGUGGGUUCAAUCCAAUUGUAAAUGUAUGAAAAGGUGUAUUGCAUAUUUGUUUAUACUCAAUGAAUGAAUAAACAUUAUCUCAGUGGUAGUUUAUAAAUCAAGCACAAGAUUAUAUGGUUGGGUUUCCUUUUUCCUUUAUUUUUGUGGUAGGCUAUAUGGCGAAUAUCACAAUUCAGUUACAGUUAAAGUCGAAAGUUUACAUACACCUCAGCCAAAUACAUUUAAACUCAGACAUUUAAUCCUAGUAAAAAAUUCCCCGUCUUAGGUCAGUUAGGAUCACCACUUUAUUUUAAGAAUGUGAAAUGUCAGAAUUAUAGUAGAGAGAAUGAUUUCUUUCAGCUUUUAUUUCUUUUAUCACAUUCCCAGUGGGUCAGAAGUUUACAUACACUCAAUUAGUAUUUGGUAGCAUUGCCUUUAAAUAGUUUAACUUGGGUCAAACGUUUCGGGUAGCCUUCCACAAGCUUCCCACAAAAAGUUGGGUGAAUUUUGGCCCAUUUCUCCUGACAGAGCUGGUGUAACGGAGUCAGGUUUGUAGGCCUCCUUCCUCGCACACGCUCUUUCAGUUCUGCCCACCAAUUUUCUAUAGGAUUGAGGUCAGGGCUUUGUGAAGGACACUCCAAUACCUUGACUGUGUUGUCCUGAAGCCAUUUCCCCACAACUUUGGAAGUAUGCUUGGGGUCAUUGUGCAUUUGGAAGACCCAUUUGCGACCAAGCUUUAACUUCCUGACUGAUGUCUUGAGAUGUUGCUUCAAUAUAUCCACAUAAUUUCCCUACCUCAUGAUGCCAUCUAUUUUGUGAAGUGCAUUAGUCCCUCCUGCAGGAAAGCACCCCCACAACAUGAUGCUGCCAUCCCCGUGCUUCACAGUUGUGAUAGUGUUCUUCGGCUUGCAAGCAUCCCCCUUUUUCCUCCAAACACAACGAUGGUCAUUAUGGCCAAACAGUUAUAUUGUUGUUUCAUCAGACCAGAGGACAUUUCUCCAAAAAGUAUGGUCUUUGUCCCCAUGUGCAUUUGCAAACCGUAGUCUGGCUUUUUAUGGUGGUUUUGGAGCAGUGGCUUCUUCCUUGCUGAGCGGCCUUUCAGGUUAUGUCGAUAAAGGACUCGUUUUUACUGUGGAUAUAGAUACUUUGUACCGGUUUCCUCCAGCAUCUUCACAGGGUCCCUUGCUGUUGUUCUGGGAUUGAUUUGCACUUUUCACACCAAAGUACGUUCAUCUCUCGGGGACAGAACGCGUAUCCUUCCUGAGCAGUAUGAUGGCUGCGUGGUCCCAUGGUGUUUAUAUUGGGGCGGCAGGUAGCCUAGUGGUUAGCGCGUUGGACUAGCACACCGAAAUGGUUGCGAGAUUGAAUCCCCGAACUGACAAGGUAAAAAUAUGUUGUUCUGCCCCUUAACAAGGCAGUAAACCCACUGUUCCUAGGCUGUCAUUGAAAUAAGAAUGUGUUCUUAACUGGCUUGCCUAGUUAAAAUAAAAUAAAUACUUGCGUACUAUUGUUUGUAUAGGUGAACGUGGUACCUUCAGGCAAUUGGAAAUUGCUCCCAAGGAUGAACCAGACUUGUGGAGGUCUACACAUUUUUUUCUGAGGUCUUGGCUGAUUUCUUAUUAUUUUCCUAUAAUGUCAAGCAAAGAGUCACUGAGUUUGAAGGCAGGUCUUGAAAUACAGCCACAGGUACACCUGUGACUCAAAUGAUGUCAAUUAGCCUAUCAGAAGCUUCUAAAGCCAUGACAUAAUUUUCUGAAAUUUUUCAAUCUGUUUAAAGGCACAGUCAACUUGGUGUAUGUAAACUUCUGACCCACUGGAAUUGUGAUACAGUGAAAUAAUCUGUAAACAAUUGUUGAAAAAAUUACUUGUGUCAUGCACAAAGUAGAUGUCCUAACCAACUUGCCAAAACUAUAGUUUGUUAACAAGAAAUGUGUGGAGUGGUUGAAAAACAAGUUAAUGACACCAACCUAAAUGUAUGUAAACUUCCAACCUCAACUGUACAGUAUAGGUUAUCCAUGGCUUUAGUUAAGCAUUUCUGCAAACCAAGGAGGUGACAAUGGUCUACAAUUUUAAUAUUGUCAAAACUGUGAAAUUAUAGAAAGAAUCCAUAAGCAUGUUCAUUUAGAGAUCACAAAUACUUCUCAGUGAUCGCAGAUCUGAAAAUAAUCCAAAUGGAGCAACAAUUCAAUAAAUGUAUUUGAGAGGGAGGAAAACCCCACGAUAAUUGAUUUAACUAAGAAAUGCAUGUAGUUAAGUGUUAAACGCCUAUUAAUGUUUUUUACCGCUUGUUUUGCACAAUGUGAACCACUGGAGAAGAACACGUGAACAGAUUGGUUUAAACUUUAAAUGGGUUUUGUAGUGGAUGUUCUAGUAGUUUGACAUAAUGGCCAUUUUGAUAUUACUGUAGAUUGCUGAAUUAUGGAAAAAUAAACAAAUUGUGUGAAUCAGA